AUGCAGGGUAAACUCUUUUGACUGCCUCAGUUAACGUGUGGCAGCCGUAGGUAAACUUACCUCUCAGACUGUGUAUGAGCAACAGGUGAGGAAAAUACAUCAAGACCACAGAAUACAAAAUGCAUAAGUCUUUCAUUAAAAUAUAUGUUUUCGUGUUGAUUAUUUGGGCUGUGGAAAAAUCUGAUUGUAAACAAGGAGAUACAGGUCAUCAGAGCCAGCUAAUGAAUGCUGAAGAUUUCGAAUUUUAUUAUGGAGCAGCAUGUUUAAAUUAUGGUCAUUCGUGCUGGGGAGCUCACGGAAAACGCAACGUGGAUGGGAAAAACGAUCUAGACACUUUGUUAAGAUAUCGAAUGGCUUUGUUUAAGAAAUCUGUACACAAAGACUCAUCUAUGGAUCCAAAUCCAGACCAAUCACAAGAAGACAUGCCAAACUAUUACAAUAUUUUCAAACAUUAUUCGAAAAUAAAUUCAAUGAAAACAAAUAACGAUGACACCAUUGACACCUGGAACGUUGAACCGAGCAAUCACUUACCAAACGGUAGGUCAUACUACGAAGAUCAAGUUUUAGAUCCCAGGAUUGAAUAUAAGAUAAUGAAAAUAUAGGCGAAGAACUAUCACAAUUUAUUCUAUAACAUUAAUAGCUAAUACUUGGAGAAACCGGAAAAAAAUAAUAUUUCAAAUAAUAUGUAACAACAAUACCUUUUAAAUGUCAAAAUAAUGAGGUUAUUGAAAUUUUGGUCACAUAUUUUGAUUUAAAUACACUAACCUAUGAACAACGUAAAUGCAAAUAUUAUUUAUAUUUUCUGAUUACAUUUUAAAAAGUUUUUGUUUCUUUGUACUAAAUAAGAAUUAUGCAUUUACUCGUAUUUUUAUUUUAAGUAUAAUAUGUAACAAAGUCUUACUUAUAAACAUUAAUUAUUUGCUUACAAUAAUAUAGUUUAUUAACAAAUAGUAAAAAUUAAACCUGUAAUACAAUACUGUAUUUUAAAAAUGCUUCCAAUUCCAAAUAAACAAAAUCAUACAACAA